AUGGCGGCAGAAGGUAUUAAUAAGAGAAAGAGGGAAGUUGAACCCCCCUUGGACGGACAAGGUUCUACGCAGCAGGUUGAGCAGUCAACCUUACUGAAAAGUACUGAAGAAAUAGCAUUUCCAAGAGGUGGAGCUUCGGUACUAACACCGUUGGAAUUAAAGCAAGUUGCUAACGAAGCAGCUCGUGAUGUGUUAUUUGGUGUUGAGGAAUCUUCAAAGAUGGAGGGAAGACCCAAAAAGAAGAAGAAGAAUUCCAGUGGUUCGAUGAAGGAAGGAGCCGGUAAUGUUAAGGGAUCUGAAGAUACAACUGAUAUUAUUGAGCAUGUCUCCUUUAGGGCUUUAACCCCUGGAACUCUUGUGCUGGGGCAAGUUUGUUCUAUUAGCAAGAUGGAUAUCUGUGUUGCAUUCACGGAUAAUCUAAGAGGUUAUGUUCCGUUAACUAAUAUUUCUGAUCGGUUUAGUUCAAUUUUGGAGGAAUUGGAUGAUGCUAUGGAAAGUGGCUCAGACAGUGAAGACGAGGAUGGUGAAUACGACUCCUCCGAUGAACGAAAAAAUGAGAACAAUAGACCAACGGCGGAACUGCCUAAUCUACAGAACUACUUUACAGUGGGCCAGUGGUUGAGAUGUUAUGUUCAAAAAAAUACAGCUUUAGACCCACAACAUAAGAAGAAACACAGAAUUGAGUUGUCGAUUGAGCCACCCAAGGUCAAUCAAUUAGAAGACGAGGACUUGUCUAAAAACUCAACUAUCCAAUGCUCUGUUAAAAGCAUAGAAGAUCAUGGUGCUAUUCUAGAUCUUGGUAUCAAAAAUAUUACAGGUUUCAUCUCCAAAAAGGAUUUUCCUGGUUCUAAUGAACUUUUAGCAGGGUCAGUCUUUUUAGCUAAUAUUGUAAAGAGAAGCGGAAGAACAGUUACCGUUAACUUUGAUUUUGCAUCGAAGAAGUGUAAGGUAUCUCAGAUAUCAUCAGUUGAUGCUGUGAUUCCUGGCCAAACUGUUGACUUUUUAUGCCAAAAAAUUACAAAUCAUGGUAUUGUUGGUAAAGCAUUUGGUUUAGUUGAUGGUUUCCUGGGCAUUUCUCAGUUGCAGUGUUUUUCCACAGAUAUUAUAAAAAAUAAGUAUCCCGUUGGAAAUAACAUAAAGUGCAGAAUUAUUGCAACUUUAACUACUAAAAACGGCAACAAGACAAUCCUUGUUUCUACGUUACCACAUGUUUUAUCAUUGAAUGAUACAUUGCUAGAGCAUGAGGCACUGCAGGCCUUUUCCGUCGGUUAUUUGUUAGAUUCCUGUAUGGUUGAGACCCGAGACCAGCAAUAUUUUUAUAUAAAGCUGUCCGAUGACAGGCUUGGGCAAGUGCAUAUUUCAAAAAUUGGCGAUGUUUUACCUGCAGGCAAUAUGAAGGCGAGGAUUAUAGGGUAUAAUACUAUUGAUGCAUAUUAUCAAUUGACUACCGAUCCAAAGAUGUUAGAGGUUGACUACUUAAGGUCAUUAGAUAUCCCUAUAGGGAAGAUUCUAACUAAAUGUGAAAUCACCUCUGUUUCUGAUAAAGGUAUAGAGCUAAAUUUGUAUGGCGGUCAAUUUAAGGCAUUUGUACCUCCUCUACAUAUAUCAGAUGUGAGAUUGGUGUAUCCGGAAAGGAAGUUUAAAAUAGGAUCUCAAGUCAAGGCUAGAGUAUUAAAUGUGGAUCAUAAGGGUCGUAUAUAUGCCACCUUAAAAAAAUCAUUAGUUUCGUACGAUGAUUCUAGCAUUCAAUUGAUUUCUUCAUUUGAAAAUGUCAAAAAUCUAGAAGCAGACGACCGUAAAACUCUUGGAACUGUAGAAAGUUUCAAGCCAGGUGGGUGCAUUGUCUCAUUAUUGGGCAACUUAAAAGCUUUUUUGCCAAACAGUGAAAUAUCUGAAGCUUUUGUAAAGAAAGCUCAGGAUCAUCUAAGAUUAGGUCAAACUGUCAUGAUUAAGGUGCUUGAAUGUAAUGAAGAUCGUCAAAGAAUUAUUGUGAGUUGUAAAGUUUCUUCAACUGCGGCAUCUCAACAACAGGAAGCAAUUGAAAAAAUGAUUGUUGGUAGAUCUAUUAUAGACGUUACAAUAGUUGAAAAGACCAAAGACUCUAUUGUUGCCGAAUCAAACGAUGCUGGGUUGCGCGGUGUUAUAUUUGUUGGUCAUUUAUCAGAUUCUAGGAUAGAACAAAACAGAGCAUUAUUGAAGAAGUUGAAAAUUGGUACAGGUUUAAGAGGUUUAGUGACAGACAAAGACACCAAGACUCGUGUUUUUAAUAUGACUUGCAAAAAAUCUUUAAUUAGGGAUGCUGAAGAAGAUCUACUACCUCUAAACUUUGAAAAGAUUAAGAACAAAGACAAGAAUUCUCCUAUGCAUGGUUAUGUCAAAUCUAUAUCUGAGAAGGGUAUUUUUGUUGCAUUUCAUGGCAAGUUUGUUGGUUUGGUUCUCCCUAGCUACGCUACUGAGAGUAGAGAUGUUGGCAUUUCUAAGAAGUUCUAUAUCAACCAGUCGGUCACUGUUUACCUUCUAAGAAUUGAUGAAGAAAACGAAAGAUUUUUGUUGACAAUGAAAGAACCCAAGCUUUCUACCAAUAAGGAAGAGCCAAAAGUUGUCGGAGCGCUUAAUCCUGUUGAUCAAAACAUUAAAUAUCUAUCAGAAUAUACCAUUGGCAGACUCACUAAAGCGAGGAUCAAUUCCAUUAAGAAGACGCAACUAAAUGUAGUUUUAGCUGAUAACCUUCAUGGCAGAAUCGAUGUUUCUGAGAUAUUUGAUAACUUUGAGGAGAUUGAGAACAUUUCUACACCAUUGGUUCCGUUCAAGAAAGGAGAUAUUAUUGAUGUAAGAGUUAUCGGAUUCCAUGACGCCAAAACACAUAAGUUCUUACCAGUUUCUCAUAGAAAUGGUAUUAACACUGUGCUGGAAUUAUCUGCGAAGAAAUCAGUAUUAAGCAAUGAGCACAGAAUUUUGAGCUUUAAAGAUGUCAAAGUUGGUGAUUCCUUGGUCGGUUUUGUCAACAACUUUUCUAAAGAUUUUGUUUGGCUGACCAUCUCCCAAUCUUUAAAGGCAAAAAUACCUAAUUUUGAGUUGUCUGAUGAAGGUGAUAUCUUUAAAUCUGAAAUUGACCAUACUUUCCCAUUGGGAUCUGCCUUAAAGGUCAAAGUCACUUCUUUGGAUAGUGAGCAUCGCACUGUAAAUGUUUCUGCUAGAUCAACUUCCAUCACUGUCAUCAAGGAUGUUGAAAUAGGAUCCACUCUCCCUGCACGUGUUGUAAAAGUUAGCAGUAGUUACUUGCUACUAGACUUAGGAAACAAAGUCACUGGUGUUGCAUUUGUUACCGAUGCUUUGGAUGAAUAUUCCCUAUCCUUGGAAACUGCUUUCGAGGGGAAAGUUGGUUCUAUUGUAUCCGCAACUGUUGUUGAUUGUGAUGUUGGAAACAAUAGAAUUAAUUUGUCUUUACGUGGUGGAAAGCCAAAGGACCGUGAUAUUACUUCUCAUACUGAUUUAAAGCGGGGUGAUGUGGUCCGUGGAUUCAUUAAGACAGUAACUGAAAAGGGUAUUUUUGUAUAUCUGAGCAGAUCAAUCCAAGCUUUCGUUCCGGUAAGCAAGUUGACAGAUGCCUAUAUCAAGGAAUGGAAGAAGUUUUAUAGACCAAUGCAGCCAAUUACUGCAAAGGUUGUCAAUUGCGCUGAUAAUUCCCACAUUUUAUUAACAAUGAAGGAAUCUGAAGUCAAUGGUGAUUUGCACAUUUUAAAGGGUUACAAUGAUAUUCAAGUUGGUGAUAUAUUUGAAGGCUAUGUCAAGAAUGUGACUGAUUUCGGGGUUUUUGUGAAGCUAGGGAACACAUUGAACGUUACUGGUUUGGCUCACAAGUCAGAGGUUUCUGAGGCUAAGGUUGAAGAUUUGCAUAAUUUAUUUGGCGAAGGUGAUAAAGUGAAGGCUAUUAUCUUGAAAACAAACCCAACAAAAAAGCAGAUUUCCCUGGGUCUAAAGGCUUCUUACUUCAAGAACGAGGUAGCUGAUGUUGUCGAGGAGGAACAGAUGAUCCCUUCUGAUCCUGAAAGCGAAGCAGAUGAAGUAAUGGAGGGCGUGGAUUACAACAACGAAUCUGAAAAUGAGUCCGAAGAACAGGAGUUAUCGAAAAAGGUGAUAUCAUCAUCUAAUGAUGGAUUGUCACUAAGUGCUGCAUUUGAUUGGACUGCGUCCGUUCUAGAUCAAGCAGGAGAAGUAGAAGAAUCAAGUGACGAAGAGGAGGACUUUACAUCAAAAAAAUCCAAGAGAAACAAGAGGAAAACCAAAGUGUCUGCGGACAAGACCAUUGACAUUAAUACGAGAGCCCCUGAAUCUGUUGCUGAUUAUGAACGUUUGAUCAUGGGUAACCCCAACUCUUCUGUAAUUUGGAUGAACUACAUGGCUUUCCAAUUGCAAUUAAGUGAAGUAGAUAAAGCCCGUGAACUUGGUGAACGAGCAUUAAAGACAAUUAACUUUAGAGAAGAAGCAGAGAAGUUGAAUAUAUGGAUUGCAAUUUUGAAUUUAGAAAAUACCUUCGGAUCAGAAGAGACUCUAGAAGGGAUGUUCAGAAGAGCCUGUCAGUACAUGGAGUCAUUCACUAUACAUAUGAAGCUGAUAAGCAUUUACACAAUGAGUGAAAAGUUCGAUAAGGCCAAUGAACUAUAUAGCUCAACAGCCAAGAAGUUCGGUUCUGAAAAGGUCUCCAUUUGGGUCUCAUGGAGUGAGUUCUUGCUGGUCCAAGGUAGAAAAGAGGAAGCCCAUGCCAUUUUGGCUAAAGCCUUAAAUGUACUACCGAAACGUAACCAUAUUGAGAUUGUAAGAAAAGUUGCCCAGUUGGAAUUUAGCAAGGGAGAGCCGGAACAAGGUCGCUCUCUAUUCGAAGGGUUACUCGCAGAUGCCCCAAAGCGUAUUGAUCUAUGGAAUGUCUACAUCGACCAAGAAAUCAAGCUUCUAGACAAGAAGAAGGUCGAAAACCUAUUCGAACGUGUCAUCACCAAGAAAAUUUCUAGAAAACAGGCCAAGUUCUUUUUCAAUAAAUGGCUACAGUUUGAAGAAUCUCAAGAUGACCAGCGUACCGCUGAAUACGUCAAAGCUAAGGCAGCCGAAUAUGUUCAAAAACAUCAGUCUUCCCAUGAAGAAGAAUAA